UCUCAGGAAAUCUAGCAUUCUCUGAUAUUCCACAUGACAUUAGUCUUAUGCAUAACAUUUUGCAUGGUCUACGUCCAGCAAUUCCUUCACACGUUCCAAUGUUAAUAGCUAAGCUUAUUAUGAAAUGUUGGGAUGCAAGACCAAAUAAUAGACCAACUUCUGAAAAGGUAUAUGACAUCUUAAGAAUAUGGAAUAAUGAUGUUUCAAAUGAUAGUUCAACCGAAAUUGUCAUUCAAAUUAAAGAGUGUGAAGAAACAUCUAAUGACCUUACAAAAUCUGUCGAAUAUUACUACAAAACGCAUCCUGAAGCAAAAUAUACUAGCCAAUUCAUAGAACAUACUAAUUAUCAAUUACCAUUAAAUGCAUUGGAUUAUGAUGAAAAACAUGGAAUAUUAG